AUGGCGGUCAAGGAGGAGAGCAACGCCAAAUCCACUCAAGCCCAAACUAUAAAACUAAAGAUUGGUAUGCUUGGAUUUGGAAGUUUUGGGCAGUUUUUGGCAAACACCAUGAUCAAACAGGGGCAUUCUAUCAUUGCAACUUCACGCUCUGACUACACCCAUAUUUGUGAAAACAUGGGGAUUCAAUUCUUCAGGGAUCAUGAUGACUUUUGUGAGGAGCAUCCCGAAGUUAUUGUGCUAAGCACAUCAAUUCUAUCUGCGGAAGAAACUAUGCGGUCAUUGCCGCUACAUCGCCUUAAAAGAAACACGUUGUUUGUUGACGUCCUCUCCGUCAAAGAGUUUCCACGGCAGCUCUUACUUCAAGUUUUGCCUCAAGAAUGUGGAAUUUUGUGCACUCAUCCCAUGUUUGGGCCAGAAAGUGGCAAACAUGGCUGGGCUAGCCUACCCUUGGUUUAUGACAAAGUUCGUCCAGGACUUUCUCCACAAAAAUGUGAUAACUUCUUAAACAUAUUUAGAGCGGAGGGAUGUAGAAUGGUAGAGAUGUCGUGUGCAGAACAUGACCGUCAUGCUGCUGAAAGCCAAUUCAUAACUCAUACAGUGGGAAGGAUUUUGUCACAACUGAACUUGGAAUCCACCCCUAUCAAUACAAAGGGCUAUGAAACACUCCUCAACUUGACAAACAACACCGUGAGUGACAGUUUUGAUCUUUACUAUGGAUUAUUCAUGUACAACAUCAACUCUACUGAUCAAAUUGAGAAGCUAGAUUGUGCCUUUGAAGCCAUCAAAAAAGAAUUGCAUGGUCAGUUGCACCACGUUUUGUGGAAGAAAAUGCUACAAAAAUUACCCGAGCAAUUAUCGAAACCUAGCUUCGAUAGUUUGGCCGCAAAAAGUUAUCUGCCUUCAAAUUAUAUGGCUAUGGCGGUCAAGGAGGAGAGCAAUGCCAAAUCCACUCGAGUCCAAACUAAAAAACUAAAGAUUGGUAUGCUUGGAUUUGGAAAUUUUGGGCAGUUUUUGGCAAACACCAUGAUCAAACAGGGGCAUUCUAUCAUUGCAACUUCACGCUCUGACUACACCCACAUUUGUGAAAACAUGGGGAUUCAAUUCUUCAGAGAUCGUGACGACUUUUGUGAGGAGCAUCCCGAAGUUAUUGUGCUAGGCACAUCAAUUCUAUCUGCGGAAGAAACUAUGCGGUCAUUGCCGCUACAUCGCCUUAAAAGAAACACGUUGUUUGUUGACGUCCUCUCCGUCAAAGAGUUUCCACGACAGCUCUUACUUCAAGUUUUGCCUCAAGAAUGUGGAAUUUUGUGCACUCAUCCCAUGUUUGGGCCAGAAAGUGGCAAACAUGGUUGGGCUGGCCUGCCCUUGGUUUAUGACAAAGUUCGUCCAGGACUUUCUCCACAAAAAUGUGAUGACUUCUUGAACAUAUUUGGAGCAGAGGGAUGUAGAAUGGUAGAGAUGUCAUGCGCAGAACAUGACCGUCACGCUGCUGAAAGCCAAUUCAUAACUCAUACAGUGGGAAGGAUUUUGUCACAACUGAACUUGGAACCCACCCCUAUCAAUACAAAGGGCUAUGAAACACUCCUCAACCUGACAAAAAACACCGUGAGCGACAGUUUUGAUCUUUACUAUGGAUUAUUUAUGUACAACGUCAACUCUACUGAUCAAAUUGAGAAGCUAGAUCGUGCCUUUGAAGCCGUCAAAAAAGAAUUGCAUGGUCGGUUGCACCAGGCUUUGUGGAAGCAAAUGCUACAAAAAUUACCCGAGAAAGCACUUACAAAUCCAAACAAAGAGAUUUCUUCACCUGCUCAGCUUGCUGGAUCCACCGCACGUCCAUGUUAA